AUGGCCUCGUCAAUGUCGCGCCUGUCGCUUCCGGACCAGCGCACGGUCGGCUCCGCCGUCCGGGACUUCGUAGCCGCGGAGGGCCAAUCCUCGGAGGGGCUGGCGGAGGCCCUGGACUUCAGGCGGGUUGCGUCCCUGGGUGCGAGCGCCCGGGGCGUCGCCCUCCUCCUGGGGGCCUCCGUCGCCGUGAUUUUGGCGUGCCUUCCGACGAAUCUGUCCGGAGAGGGCGGAGAGGGGACCGAUGGGGGCGUCGACACGCUCGUGGCCGAGUACGACGCCCGCCGGCUGUCGGAUUUCUGGGCCGGGCGGCGCGCCAGCGUGCUGCGGCGCCAGGCCGCGGUGGGCGCGAAGGCCAUGGGGUUGCUGACGUCCCUGCUGGUGGAGUGGCGGCUGGGCACCCUGGAGUCCAACAUGGCGGCCCUGGCGAGGCAGUGCCGGGCUACCAUCGAGGACCUUGGCCCCGCCUUCGUAAAGCUGGCGCAGGCCCUCUCCACCAGGAGCGACAUCUUUCCUCCGGAGUUCUUGCAGGAGUUCUGCGGCCUGCAGGACCGGGUGCCCGCCUUUGACGACUCCGCGGCGCUGCGCGCCCUGGACGUGGAGCUCGGAAGGCCGCACGGCGCCGUCUUCGAGUGGCUCUCCGACGGGCCCAUGGCGUCCGCGUCGCUAGGGCAGGUCUACCACGGCCUGCUGAAGAGGCAGUUCGGGGGCGGGGAGGUGGCCGUCAAGGUGCAGCGCCCCGACAUCGUCGAGGGCAUCGCCCUGGACGUCUUCCUGCUGCGCCGCAUGGCCGCCGCCCUUGCCAUGUUCCCCACGCUGCACAGCAACUGGUCCGCCACAUUCGACGAGUGGGCCAGGCGCUUCUUCGACGAGCUGGACUACACCAAGGAGUGCCGCAAUGCCCUGGCCUUCAGGGACCAGAUGGCGAAGCUGCCGGGCAUCACCGUUCCGCGGAUGUACCCCGAGCUGACGACGCGGAGGGUCAUGACGUCGGAGUGGGUGUACGGAGAGAAACUGUCCGCCGCCACGGUCAUAGACUCGCGGGCCACCCUGCGAACCAUCCUCAACUGCUACCUCAUCCAGCUGCUGGAAACCGGGUUCCUGCACGCCGACCCGCACCCCGGCAACAUCCUGUGCACCAUGGACGGCAAGAUCUGCAUCCUGGACUUCGGCCUCAUGACGGAGGUGUCCAAGGAGCAGCGCCUCGCGCUGAUAGAGUUCAUAGCCCACCUGUGGUGCGAGGACUGGGAGGCGGUGGCGGCGGACCUCGGGAACCUGGACUUUCUGCCGCAGGGGGUGCGAAUCGACGACAAUCGAGAGUUCCAGGUUCUACUGGAGCGCAUUUUCGGGGACAUGGUGAACGGCGGCGGGCUAAGGGUGGGAAGGAUAAAGUCGGAGCUGUCCCGGGCGGCCAGCGACCACAACCUCGUGAUCCCGCCCUACUUCAUGCUCAUCCUCCGCGUGUUCUGCAUCAUCGAGGGCGUGUCCCUGAGCAUGGAUGACAGGUUUGCAAUCGUUGGCGAGUGCUUGCCUUAUUUGGCGAGGCGCCUUCUUGUGGACAAGGACCCAAAGGUGCAGGAGACGCUGAAGGUGUUGCUGUACGGCGAGCACGGCAGGCUGGACGUCGAAAGGCUGCGCAAGCUCGUUUCUGCGUUGGCGGCGUUCACAACAGACGGCUCGCGUACAGAAGUCCCAGACCACCGCCCACAGGAUUUCUUCCUGACUCUGGAGGAGCGCGUGAAGGGCCAUACGCCGGCAUCCGUGGGCUUCGACGGCGCCCUGUACGCCCAGCCGGGCCCCGUCUUCAACGAGGCGGUCAAGGAGACCCUGCGCACGGUGUUCUCGCAGGAGGGCUCCUACGCCCAGCAGCUCCUGGUGGACGAGAUGGUCACGUCCGUGGAGACCAUGUCCCUCGCGGCCCUUGUGGAGCUCUUCCACAUGGUCCUGGGCAGUAUCUCCGCCUUUGUGACCCUCGCACCGCCUGCCGGCCGGCAGGGGGGCCUGGCCGCCGCCCUGGCGCCGCUCAUGAACACCAUGACCAGCGUCCCCUCCAUGAUCAACGUCCCUGUCGGGGAGCUGACUGAUGAGGACAGGCACAUCCUGAACAACGCGAGGGCCAUCCUGGGCAUGAUGGAGCCGCGCACGGGCCUGGCCGCGAGGCCGCUAGUGGCCCUCUCCGCCGCUAGGGACAUGCUGCCCCUGGCCUCCGAGCUGCUGCCGGGCCUGGUGUCCACGCUGGUGAUGUGCGCGCAAGAGUUUGCACGCAGGAGAGCCCUCCAACUGGCGGAGGACCUGGACCCCAAGGGACGGGCGUCGCCCGGGGGGGACGCCUUUUCCUCCAUCGUGUAA